CUUCCGUCACGUGGUUCCAGUCUCACUUCCGCCGAAUGGCUCCGCUUCCGCCACGUGACCGUCCUGACUUCUGGAGGACUGUCCAAGAUGGCGGCGCCCAGGGCGCUAGCUGCGGCGCGGCGCGCUGUGGCGGCAGCAACACGAGGGCGGCGCUCAGCCGGCACCGGAGGCGCUCCGCGGGGACCGGCGGAGCGGAGCCGCCUCUACGAGCACGUGCGGGAAGGGCUGAGCGCGAAGCCGCAGCUCGAUAUGGCGGCGCUGAGCGCGCACCCGGCAGAGGCCGCGCGGGAACUGGAGAGGAGGAAAGGAGCGCUGCGGGGGAGCGAGCUGCGGGAGAUCCUGCAGACCUGGGCCCGCCUGGAGGAGGUGCGUGCUGGCAUCGCCCGACUUGAAGCCGAGAAGGAGGAGGUGGCCCUGGCAGUGCACGCCCUGGUGACCACCCAUUCUAAGGACACGCUGCAUGCGGUCCCCGAAUACACAGCGCUGCGGGAACGGGGCCGUGCUGUGAGGCUGCAGCUGAGGGAGCUGCUGGCAGAGGAGGCAGCGUUGGAUGAACGCUUCUACCUGCAUGCAUUGCAGCUGCCCAACAGCACCCACCCGGCAGCGCCCGUUGGUGAUGAGAGCCAGGCCCGUGUGCUGGAGGUGGUGGGGGAGAAGCCAGCAUUCGACUUCCAGCCUAAGGGACACCUGGAGCUGGGUGAGGAGCUGGACAUCAUCCGCCAGCGGAGGCUGUCACACAUCUCAGGUCACCGCUCCUAUUACCUGUGCGGGGCAGGCGCGCUGUUGCAGCACGCAUUGGUUCACUUUGUACUGGCCAAACUGGUGCCCAAGGGCUUCCUGCCCAUGACGGUCCCUGACCUGCUGCGUGGCGCUGUCUUUGUAAGUGCCACCCUGUCCCUGCACUGCCCCUGUUGUCCUCCUCACCACCAAGUGACUUCCCUGUGUCCCCCUCCCCCCCAGGAGGGCUGCGGGAUGCAGCUCAACACCACCCCAUCUCCUGUGUACUGCAUUGACCCAGCUCGCUUCGAGGACCUGUGCCUGGCUGGCACCUCCGAGGUGGGGAUUGCAGGUUACUUCAUGGACCACGCGGUGCGGCUGCAGGACAUGCCUAUCAAGAUUGUCUGCUCCAGCACUUGUUACCGUGCAGAGACCGACACGGGCCGAGAGCCCUGGGGCCUUUAUCGUGUGCACCAGUUCACCAAGGUGGAGAUGUUUGGGGUGACGGCAGCAGAAAGCGGGGCUGAGAGCGAGAUGAUGUUGGAUGAAUUCCUCAUGUUGCAGAAGGAGAUUUUCUCAGAGCUGGGGUUGCACUACCGUGUUCUGGACAUGCCAACACAGGAGCUGGGACUCCCUGCCUACCGCAAGUUUGACAUCGAAGCCUGGAUGCCAGGACGGGGCAAAUAUGGGGAGAUCUCUAGCACCUCCAACUGCACCGAUUACCAAAGCCGGAGGCUGAAUAUCAUGUACAGUGAUGGGGCUGGGAAGCUGCACCACGCACACACGGUGAAUGGCACAGCCUGUGCCGUCCCCCGGCUGCUCAUCGCUCUUCUGGAGUGCAACCAACAGGCGGAUGGCAGCGUCUGCAUCCCCCCCGCCCUGCAGCCUUUUGUUGGUCAGGAUGUGAUCAAGCGACCCCCAGCCCCACUGCUGCGUUACAUCGGCCCCAACCAACCUGGGGGGGGGCCAAAGGGGGUCACGUGUUCCCUCCUAAAUUCUCGUGAGACCCUGAAAUAAAUAACACUUCUAUCUCUA